AUGGCCACUGCAAGAGCUCUAGCCACCAUGGCAAUCUUCCUCCUGGUGGCGCUCUCCACCUCCCACAUCGCGUCCUCACUCCGCCCUGGUCUCGGUGUCUGCCGUGCAAGUGGCUACCUUCCAGGAAAGUCGGGCAACUGUGAGAAGAGCAACGACCCGGACUGUUGCGAGGAUGGCAAGAGGUACCCGCAGUACCACUGCUCGCCGCCGGUCACCGCGACCACCAAGGCCGUCUUGACGCUCAACAGCUUUGAGAAGGGCAAGGACGGCAGCGGUCCGUCGGAGUGUGACAACGCCUACCAUAGCGACAAGGAGAUGGUAGUCGCACUCUCCACCGGCUGGUUCAAGAACAUGGCCCGUUGCCGGCACCGCAUCAAGAUCACCGCCAAUGGCAAGUCCGUGUAUGCCAAGGUGGUGGACGAGUGCGACUCCGUCUAUGGCUGCGACGAAAACCACAACUACGAGCCCCCGUGUGCCGACAACAUCGUCGACGCGUCUCCUGCGGUGUGGAAUGCCUUGGGGCUUGACCAGAAUGUCGGCAUGGAGGGAAUCACCUGGUCUGAUGACUGCCGUGCAAGUGGCUACCUUCCAGGAAAGUCGGGCAACUGUGAGAAGAGCAACGACCCGGACUGUUGCGAGGAUGGCAAGAGGUACCCGCAGUACCACUGCUCGCCGCCGGUCACCGCGACCACCAAGGCCGUCUUGACGCUCAACAGCUUUGAGAAGGGCAAGGACGGCGGCGGUCCGUCGGAGUGUGACAACGCCUACCAUAGCGACAAGGAGAUGGUAGUCGCGCUCUCCACCGGCUGGUUCAAGAACAUGGCCCGUUGCGGGCACCGCAUCAAGAUCACCGCCAAUGGCAAGUCCGUGUAUGCCAAGGUGGUGGACGAGUGCGACUCCGUCUAUGGCUGCGACGAAGACCACAACUACGAGCCCCCGUGUGCCGACAACAUCGUCGACGCGUCUCCUGCGGUGUGGAAUGCCUUGGGGCUUGACCAGAAUGUCGGCAUGGAGGGAAUCACCUGGUCUGAUGAGUGAGUUUCUAAAACAAAGGUGAGCGCAGGUUAUUGGUACCUCUUGUCGGUCCAGUGUCAUGUAUAUAAUUUUCGUUCUUAUAGGGAAGUCCAGUGUACACAUAUCCUA